CCUAAUGUCCAAGCUGGCGUUGGACACUUCCAGGGAUGGGCCAAAUAAUUUAUUAGGGCAGUAAAUAAUUUAUUCCUAAUACAAGACACUAUAUCUGGUAUGAAACCCUUAAAAGUGAAUAAAUUGCUGGUUUGUUGGCUUUUUUUUUCCCCACUUGCACUUGAGUGCUGCCCAGGCAAGAUUCAUUUUUUUGUCCUUGCCCCUCUUUGGAAUAGGUUGUGAGCAUUCCAUUAAACAGAUCCCAGGAACAGGGAGCAUGGCAUUGUGUUCUGGAUGUUGGAAAACACUUGGGCCAAAAUCCUGUGGAGGAAAGCAAGAGGCUGUAGGUCACUUUCAAAGUAUGCUAAAUAUCUCAUUUAUGUUUGGUUUUUUUUAAUUAAAAAAAUCCUUUCUUAGUUUUUACAAAAAAUUGCACAUUUAGUUAGCUCCUAAUUUUAUUCUUGAGUGUGCUCUUGCACAAAAUUUCAUGAGUGUAGAUUGUUUGAUGAGGAGAAUUGUAAGAAGUGUGGCUUAGGAAAUGCACCCAUCCUGCUGUUCUGCAUAUUGUGCCCACACUCACAGGCUGUUCCCUGUCCUCUGUGGGGUAUAAUUGUUCAUGGGCUGUGGGGUUACAUCCUUUGGCUGGGUCUGUGUGGUGUGAGAUGGCUUCUGCAGCUGGAUGGAGCCCUGGUCAGCCCCUGUUAGCUCCAUGUGGGAAUUUUAUGGAUUACACUCAACCAGGAAACAAGAUGUGAUUGUAUCAGAAAUCCAUCCUUACAUGGAUUUCCAGGCUCUGUCAUUGCUACAGUAUCAAAUGCAUUUUGAGUGCAUUUUCUGUCAAGUAAAAUUGCAGAUUUAUCCUUUUCUGAGUGUGUGUAAUCACAUACAGAAUCAUUACAUUCGAAUUUUCGAAAAUUUCUGAUGGAAAAAAAACCCCAAACACUUCACAUAAUCUAUUCAAAAUAAUUAUUUUCCUCACAAAUGUUCUAUCUUCAGUUUAUUUUAUGAACUAUAGAGUAUAUUUUUUUCACUGUCACCACUUGAUAUAUUUUCUUAUCAUCUCAUAAUUAAAGUAUCCACAGGAAAACUUCAGUGUAGCUUUUACUGUGUUUUCUUUACAUGAUCUCCAGUUCAGUGGUGAAGGGCAGAGCUCAGUGUGCUGCAGGCACAGGGUAAAUAGGGAAAAUAACAGAGUAAAAAGGGAAAGUCACAGGGUAAAAAGUGAAAGUCUGAGAUUUUGGAGGCUCAGAUCAUUUCUCAUUGAUCUCCCCAGUGGAUUUUGGCCAUGCAUUUUUUUAAAUGUGUUUUUCUGAAAUUUUUUCUUGUUACCAUUUCCCAUGUGCUCAUAGAAAACCCAAGAAUUCAUCACAUUUUAAGUACAUUGUUGUUGUUCUUAGGGUUGGUGGGGAUUUUGUUUUGUAUUUGGAAUUUCACUUUGGCAUGUAAAAAGUCAAGCUGGUAUUAAGUACUUACAGCUUUGACUUGUACUCUUAAUACAAUUUAUAAUAUUUGGGUUAAAUAAAAAUAACAUUUUAAAGCUAAAUCCUUGUAAUUUUCCAUGAUAGGACUGAAAGGAGUUUAGAAUAAAUUAAAUAUAAAUUUAAUUUAUUUUAAGUGCUUUAGUCUUAUAAAAUGGUAAGUCUUCUGGAAGCUGUAAUUUCUUCUUCAGAAUUUUUCAACUGCAUUUUUUCCAAGCUUUCCCACUGUAUUUUUCUAUUCUGUAAAUGCAGUGCUCUAAUAAAUCCCUGAUAAUUCUGAUUGCUACCACAGCAAGUUUGGGAGUGUUCAGGGGCAGUUCAGUUUCCUGGAAAAGAGGAAUUCUUUGGUGGAAUGAAACCCUGUGUUAGUGACCGAGGGUGGCUGAUCACAGAGCCACCACUGUGCCACUGGAACGGCCUGUUCUAAUGGCCAUGGCAAUGUCCUGAGAGGAGCAGCCCAAAUUGUAUUUCAGAAUGUUAUGUUGUGGUCUGGCAGCCAAAUGUUCCCUCUGCAAAACUGGCACAUAUGUGAAAGCUUACAGUAAAGCAGAUUAAUAUUUUUAUUUUGGUCUAAGUAAGACCAAAUGCAAUUUUUUUGUGUGUGAAAUUAAAAAUGUUGCAAAUGUUACUUGUCUUGCAGCAGCAGCAGCAGCUGGUUACUUCACUUCUCACUUGUUCAAAGAGUCUGUAGGUUUAAAAAUUAGAAGUCUCAGUGGGGUUUAUUUUGCUACAGCUCAGUGCUGUACAAAAUGUAAAACAACUUACUGCUCUAAGCAAGAGGAUUCCAAGAGCAAGGAGAAAAAGCUGCUGAUGGAGUUCUUUCAUUUGCUUACUUGAGGACAGAUGUUGCCAGAAUCUUUUACCCAGGCCAUUUUAGAUGUCUCCAAGGGAGUUGAACAGUGAAAUAUUCACACUUGUGGCAGGUUGUUCACUUUGCUCACUGUGAGGUGGUUUCAUGCCAGAACUGUGGGACAUGGGAUUCACCAGGUAGAUCAGGGGUGGGGUGGAAAAUAUAAUAAUGGCACAGUGGACCUGGAAAUGCCAGUUUUGUUGUUAUGGCACAUUUUUAUCAAACUGCUGAGGGGCAGUAACUUGGUUCCCCUGCCAGCACUGAGGGGAUCCCACAUCAUGUAUAGCACUGGAAGGCAAAUGUGGGUGCUAAAAAUGGAAAUAAAAUUCAGAUCUUGUGCUGGCAUGGUUGGUUCUCAUCCUCCACAGGAACACAGUGUUUGGGGUUUGAUGUGGCAGCUGCUCCAGGCCGUGCUGUUCUCAUUUUUUAGUACCUUGGUGUACCAAAGAGGUAUUUGCUGUUAAACCUGAGGGCUGUUUAAGUACACAGAGAGUCAAAAGGUGAUUUUUGAAAAUGGGAGCUGAGUGUGAUGAUCACAGACUGUCCCUCACCCUGCUGUGCCCAGGGAUCUGCAGCUCUCCUUGCAGCUAAUGGGAAAUUCAAGCAAAAAGUAGAAUAUGGCCGUUUACUUCUGGUAUAGUGUAAGAGGGAUCCAUUUCUUUUAAACCUCCAAAUUCCAAUUUUUAUUUUAUUGGCGAGGUUUUGGAAUUGCCUGCGUUUUUUCUUGAUGGCAGAAGAAGCUAGGAAGUGUGGCUGUACUUCACAUCCUGCUUGGCUUUUUAUGAGUUACACAGCAAACAAAGCAAAGGGAAAAGGAUAUUAUCAUACUUGCUGAAAAAUAAACCCCCAAGCCUUUUAUAUUCCAAGGAAACAGAGGCAAUUAAAGAACAGAAAUUGGAUCUUUACAUGUUUUUGACACGCCUAGAGAACAGGGGCAUGAAAAUGUAUGUGCUGUGUUGUAUGAUUUUAUAACUAAAGAACUUUUGGGUCAGUCUGUGAUCACUUAAUUUAUGUUUUAUGUGGUCUAGACCAUGAUAGUAGCAAUACUAGAAGGAAGUUUACCUGGUUAUCUUUAUUAUUAUUAUUAUUGUUAUUUUGAGGUGUUGAUUUCAGUAGCUUUAUUCUUAUUCCUACUGAAAUUUGCCACAAUGAAUAUGUUUGAGCAGGGUUAUUCUGCCAACUUAAAAAUGACUCAGCAUCUUGAGAGUGACUCUAAGUAAAUAUGUUCAUUUAUAAGAAAGGCAGGAUUCUUCUUAUUUAAGAGCAUAUCAGCAGCUGAGUUGUGGAUUUUAGUGUUGUAGAAGGGAAAGGAUUAUAUGCAUUCACACGGAGCAUUUGGCUGCUCAUUGAGAACCUCCAACAGACCAAAACCUCUUGGAAAACCUGCUUUAGAUGGUACUGGGCAAAUAUUUAUAAUCUAAAUUACCUGAAUAUUCUGUGAGUGUCCUCCUAUCUGUUGGUCCUUGCAUGUCACCUGCCUGUGCAGGCAUCACCUGGGCCAAGCAGUUCAGCAUGAUGCAGCUCACAGCAGCAGGUGAUGGGUAAGUUUAACCCUAAAUUGUGUUUUUUUUACCCCAGAACACUUGGGCAGCAGUCAUAACUCCUGGGAGGAUGGAGAUUUGUGUUUGGGAGAGGUGGGAAGCAAGAGUGGAGCAGGAAAGGAAGAGUUUUUAUUUCAUCCUCAUUUUAAAAAGAAAAUAACAGUUCGUUUUAACACCUAAACUCAGUAGCAAAACAAAGCUAAUUGUUCAGGUUUGGCCAAAUGUUGGAGUCAGAACAGGGAAGAUUCUGGAGAAGUUUGUGAUGGAUUGGAAUUGGAUUUCACAGAGCAUUGCAGGGCCAGGAUUUUCUGUCAGUUUCAGGUCCAAGUUAAUGCUUGAUUCAUUAAUGGGGUUGUUAUUCAAGAAAUCAUUAAAGAUAUAAAAAUUAAAUAAUGGUAAGGGAACAUCUUGAUCUUGAUGAAUUGUUUAAAUGCUAAAAAUGUGUAGAGGGCAUUUUCUUAUCCAUUCAACAUCCAAAGUCCAUUUUAAAUGCAUUUAUUAUUUAAAUAAAAACUCCUUUUCACCCUUCAAUAGCAUCAGGAAUUCACCCUUCAUAGAAUAAUUGGAAACUUUCAUGGUUUUAUCAUAAAAAGGCUGGAAAACAUAACAUGUGCUUACACAAAAUGCUCACAUUGUAAAGUAUUCAAUAGCAAUAAAGGCAGAGAGACUGGUGGUUAUUCUGUGUCUUCCUUAUGAAACCACAAAAUAUAAACACAAAACAAGAUUCGUUUCACUCAUAGUUUAUUGGGUGCUGAUGCAAAUCAUGAUUAAAGUAGGAUUUCCUGUUGCUUUGGAUUAAUUUGCCUGGAAGGAGAUGGUUGCGUGAGUGUCUCCAAAAUUAGGAAAUUUGAGAUGUGUGCUCGUGUGGAUUCUCGAAAGGCUUCAGUGGCAGAGGGAUGGAUUUGUGUCUGGGGCAUAAGCAAUCCUGUUUAUCCAUGUGGGGAAUGCCAGAGAAAUGAUGAGACUGGUGGAGUUCUCACCUUUUUUUUCCUGUUUAUUGAGUUGUUUUUGUCUUUUUAAAAUGAAAUUUGGUUUGAAAAAGUAAUUAAAUAUCAGUAAGCUGUACAGGAUCGGUUCCAGCUGUGGAAGUGCUGAUACACAUCCUCUGGGAUGUAAGGAGUGUUUGUAAUCUUUCCAAUGCCACCCUCCUGUCACAAGAGCAGCAAGGCAGAUGUGACACCAUCUUCCUGAUUUUUGGGUCCAACAUGUUCUGAAAGCACAUUGGGUAAAAACUGAGGGCAAAACCUCCUUCUCUGUCCUGUAACAAUAAAUAUGUGUGAGGAUUCAUGAUGUGAGUGUGAGGAUUCUCAUGCUGCACCCAUAAAGUCCUUCUGUUUGUAGUCUUAAGAAUAGAGAAAAAAAAGGGAAUCUUCAUUUAUUAUGUGAAUAUUGAUGGUGGAUGAGAGUGAUGGAAAAUAUUUUUGCUCCCUCAUACCCUAAUCCCUCAAGAGUCUUGGAACAAUUAAAGAGGGAGGUUUCCUUUCCCCCAAGUUUUGUUUUUCUCUGGCCAAAAUUGCUGUUUAGUCCCCUAAAUUCCUUACUAUUUCUUUAUGGGGCUAAUAAAGCAGGGUCAAAUUGCAGUGUGAAUUGGGUAGGAGAAGUGAGAUGCUGCAGGAAGUUCCUUGAAUUUGAGGAUCUUUCCAUAGUCAGAACAAUGAGGAUUCCAUUUUGCAGAAGGUAGGAGAGCAACCUGAGGAUUUCCUUCCAGAAUUUCAAGAGCUGCCUGAGUGCAGGGUCCCUGGCAUACAUCAUUUUAUGACUGGAUUGAGUAGAAUUCCUCAUCUUUCUCAUCCUUGUUUAAAAUGACUGUGGUAAAUUGGUGAUGACAUGGAAUCAGGAAUGUGAGCCAUGUUUUUGCACCUUUCCCUAGAAGUAUGCUGGUGUACCCACCAAGGAUGUGUGCAGAAUCAGAACCUGGAGUUCUUCACUCCAAGAUCCCCUAAGUUUUAUUUAUAUUGUUGUGCCUGGAGAAAUCCCUAUGAUCUGUGCAUCCUUAAUAUUCAUUUUAUCAGUUAACAGCAUAUGCAAUUUUAGCUUAUAAAGUGGCACAUUUUUUAUAUAUAUAUAUUAUAAUUUGGUACUUGCAAAUAGGAGAAUUUAUAGAAUUAAAUUAAACACAGAGUGAGUUGCUAAAGGAGCACAAAUCUUGUAAUGAGAUGGUUUGUUGUUGGUCAUGCUGUGUGACAGUGUGUGCUGGUGCUUGGGAGGUGGCCUGUGGUGUGAAUAUUUUGUAUGGAUUGUUAAGAUCUGAGAUGGAGGGAUGUGAAAAGAGGAUGCUAGGAAAGAUUAAUGGGAUAACAAAGCAGUGGAUGCACUGUUGGAGAGGCCUUGCUGAAUAAAGUCACUAUUAUAUAGCAUCAAUGUUCAAAAUCCUACAUGUAAAGAAAGGUUGAUGGUAGCUUGGGGUGUAGCCUGUAUUUCUGCAGAAAUUCAACUUUAGUUGUGGAUUUUAAUUUAUUUUUAAUUUUCCAUUUCUUAAAAGUAUAAUUUGCAUUCCUUUUUUUUAAUGUAAUCUCAUAUUCAUCAAGAUUAACAUAUAAAUAACUGUAUUGCACCACCAAACAAUAAAGGGAACAAAGUGACACAGAAUAAAUCUCAUUUUACUGCAGCCCAAAAUUGGUUUUGUGGCUUUUUAGGGCUUGACUCCCAGGGCAAUUGCCAGCAUAGCUGUUGAAGAGUAACUGAGUGGCUGUGUCUGCGGGAUGGAAUCCCUGAGGCUGGUGUUAUGUUCCUGAACAGGAACAUUGUCUUUCUUAAAAGUAUAAUAUUCUAAAUAAUGACUGUACUUUUUAAGUACAUGAGACAGAGGAAAUGGAAACCACCUUGGGUGCUGAAUGAGAACAUUCUAAUUGAGCACAUUUUUAAUAAACUUGUCUGCAUCAACUUCAUAUUGAUUUGUUUGUCUUAAUUUCUGUGAAUGACUGUGCGUGGGCAGGUCAGUGGAGAUGGAGAUGAACUGCAGCAAAGGUGGAAUGAAUCCUGGAUGUUGGCACAUGUGCUCUACUUACUGCUUCAUUAUUUGAAUCAAUUAUUGCCAUCAUUAUUUGAAUCUAUAAAAAUAUAUGGAUCUUAAUGUCUGCUGAUAUUUGUUCAUGUGAAUGUGCUCACAGGUGUUUGCUUCCUGUGAUCUGAAAUGCAGAAUGAGAGGGUGACUCAAACAAGGGCUCUUCAGUGCUUGAAUGAACAAGUUCCUAUUUGACUUUGUAGUUAAAAUCUCAGUGCUGAUUCACCUUCUGAGAGACAAAGCAAGUUGCCUUUUGUUUUGGUUUCAUAGUUAGGUAUUUUUAUUAUGAUUGGCGUUACUUUAAAGCUUGUGUGCCAUAGGAAUUAAAGGAAAACAAAAAUUGGCAAUAGCAAGUCCAGGUGAAGACUCCACAGUGCCUGGGUGUUGUCUCCACCCUGUAACAGGUGUAUCUGCUCCCUCUUCCUUUUCCCACUGAAAUGUGCAAGACAUCAUCAUCUGCAAGCUAAGAUCUCUUGUCUGAUAUGUUUUGGGGUUUAGCAGUAUUAAAUGUUGCCCAGUGUCUCUUUGAAAUGGGCAAUAUCACUGCAACAUCCUCUGGCUCUUCUCAGCCACAUCCUUCCCUCUGCAGCAGCUUUCACCCAGACCUGCAUUUCUUUAGCACCUCUCUGUUCCUGCACUGGAUAUCUCAUAAACUGCCUGGAAAUUUGCUUUUCCCAGAGUUUCAGCUGAAGGCUUUGCAGGCAAGGGCUACUUCUUCAUACACUGAAUAUUGUGUGACCAGAUCUGGCAGCAGUUCUUGGCUGCAGUUAUUUCUGAAUGCAGGAGCAGGAUUUUCAGAUUUUCAGUAGUUCUCCUCAUGUCUGAGCAGAGACAAGGAAUGGAUAAUUCAUCCAUUUAUCAAUCCUGAUUUAUCUGUCAGUGACCUCUGUUCUGAUGAUGCCAUGAAUAGUGAGAAGUCAUUUAUUUGAAAGUAGCCCAGUAAAUUGAAGUGAGAAUGAGUACCAAAAUGCAUGGCAUGUGAGGAAGGGAGUAAGAGGGUUACACUGUCCUCAGAACAGACUUAAGAAGCUGCAAAAAUGAGAGAAGCCCAUUUUCUGAAGACAUAGAUCUUUGACAGUUUAAGGAAAAGUGGUAAGAACUUUUAGUGUGCCAUCUGCUCCUUGAACCUUCAGGACCAGGUUUGUCACUUUGGGCUGCAACUCCUUCUUGCUCAGUGUUCAGUCUCUAACCAAUGUCUGAAACUUGAACUGCUUUAAAACUCCUCACAUACCUUCCCUGCCCUGUUUAGAACCAGGUUUCAUGAACCAGAGGUGGCAUCUGGAUUGAGUGGCCCUUCACAUUUUGUUUUUCUGUAAACUUGUCUGAAAAACAUCACUUCUUGGAAAACAACACGUGCAUAAAUUUUAAUUAAAUUAAAGAUCAAUUGAAAGACCAAUUUCAUUUUACUUUCAAAAAUGUUGGAGUUACUUCUCUCUAGUUCUUAUUGUGAACUAUCUAUGUGAGAAACAGAGAUAAUCAGAUUCAAGAUCUCAGCUGUGUUUUAGCCAUCAUUUAAUUUCUGGUGGCCUCUGUGCAACCUUAGUGUCUGGAACUUCUCCUGAGAUGGUUUUUUAAUGCUUUCCAGCAGUUGUGUUUUCUAAAUAUGUUUUCACAAUCUUUGCUACUUUGCUUUCACAAUCCUUACUACUUUUUAAAAGUAGCUUCACUGUAUCAAAUGAGUGCUAUUAAAUGUAAUUAAAGUGAUUUUAAGUCAUAAUUUUUGGAAAACUUUUUAAAAUGGCCAAAUAAUCCUGUAGCAGAACCUGUCCUCACAGAAGACAGGAUCCUAACAAUGGCACAUUUCUAGCAUCAUGCUUUGAUUUUAUCAUGGAUUGGAUUCAAAUGAUGAUGAUGGAGAUUUAAAUGGGGAGGAAAAAAAUCUCUCACCUUUCUUGAUUUCAUGCUAAUUUUCACAACAGUGGUGGGUUACUCCUAUUUGCAUUUCAUGGUGUUAUUUUUGGGAUGUGUCUUGUCUAGUCUUGGCAGACAGACACCGAGCCAAGGAGUAAAAUAUGAAAAUUUAACAGUGAGGGAGUUAUUAUCCAAAUGGAGCCUUCUGUUAGAGGUGUCAACAAAGGUGAAUGUAGAGAAUGAAUGGAAUAAGAUGAGAGAAAGAUCAAAUAAUGGGAUAAGAAGUUCAAGCGUGGGAUAAUGGUUGUGAUUAGAGAUUAUUAAAAAUGCAAAGAUUUGCAAAAUGUGUAAAAAAUUCCUGUCUGUUCAUUAACACUUGAUGAGGGAACCACAUAAUAAAACAAUUAAAAAAAAAUCAUAUUGAGUCUUAGAAUGCUUGUUCUAAGGUGUUAUUUUCUUCUGACUAUUUCUCUGUUGGUUUUUAGGUUUCUGUCUUCCACCUUGUACAUAAGUGGGAUCUCUGUGCUGGAACAAGAAAAUGUCUUCAACUCAUUGAAGGAAAGGGGCUAUUUGUUCACACUUAUGAUGAUUUGACACAAUUAAUGUCUCACUAACCAUGAUGGCAACACAGACAUUAAGUAUAGACAACUAUCAAGAUGGACAACAGAUGCAAGUGGUAACAGAGUUAAAAACUGAACAAGAUCCCAACUGCUCUGAAACUGAUGCUGAAGGGGUGAGUCCUGCCCCCGUAGAAUCUCAGACUCCAAUGGAUGCAGACAAGCAGGCCAUUUACAGGCACCCACUAUUUCCCUUGUUAGCACUAUUAUUUGAAAAAUGUGAACAAUCUACACAAGGCUCAGAAGGCACAACUUCUGCCAGUUUUGAUGUAGAUAUUGAAAACUUCGUGAGGAAGCAGGAGAAGGAAGGAAAACCCUUUUUCUGUGAAGAUCCAGAAACUGAUACUUUGAUGGUAAAAGCAAUCCAAGUUCUUCGAAUCCAUCUGCUGGAGCUGGAAAAGGUCAAUGAACUCUGCAAGGAUUUCUGCAGUCGUUACAUUGCCUGCCUGAAGACAAAAAUGAAUAGUGAAACUCUAUUAAGUGGAGAGCCUGGAAGUCCUUACUCACCUGUGCAAUCUCAGCAAAUUCCAAGUGCCAUUGCAGGCACACUCAGUCCCCAAGGGAUCGUGGUGCCAGCAUCAGCAUUGCAGCAGGGAAAUGUAACUAUGGCAACAGUAGCAGGGGGGACAGUGUAUCAGCCAGUCACUGUGGUCACUCCACAAGGACAGGUGGUGACACAAGCACUGUCACCUGGCACUAUUCGCAUCCAGAACUCUCAGCUCCAGUUGCAAUUAAACCAAGAUCUAGGCAUCUUGCAUCAAGAUGAUGGCUCAUCAAAAAACAAGAGAGGAGUUCUUCCCAAGCACGCUACAAAUGUGAUGAGAUCUUGGCUUUUUCAGCACAUAGGGCAUCCAUAUCCAACAGAGGAUGAGAAGAAGCAGAUUGCAGCACAAACAAAUCUGACACUACUCCAGGUUAACAAUUGGUUUAUCAAUGCUAGAAGGCGAAUUCUUCAGCCAAUGCUGGAUUCCAGUUGUUCUGAAACUCCAAAAACAAAGAAGAAAACAGCCCAGAACCGACCAGUGCAGAGGUUCUGGCCUGACUCCAUUGCCUCAGGAGUUGCUCAGCAGCAAUCGAACGAGCUCACGAUGUCAGAUGGUGCUGUCGUGACCAUCACAGCCCCAGUGAACAUGAACGUGGACAGUCUGCAGUCCCUGUCCUCGGACAGCGCCACGCUGGCGGUGCAGCAGGUGAUGAUGGGCGGGCAGAGCGAGGACGAGUCCGUGGACAGCGGCGACGACGACGGCGGCGACCUCUCAACAGCCAACAUCGGCGGGCUGGUCCUGGACAACAGCGACUCUCUGCAGUAGGAACCAGAGAGCCUGGAGGAAAAAAACACUUAGGAAAAAGAAUGGACUGACUGACUGACUUUUUAUAGUUUGCACAGCAAACAUUUUACACAAGUUUUAUUUCUAAUAUGUUUUAUAUGUAGAUAUAGAAGGGUGCACUUUUUUGUAUUUCAUAGUAAGCUUAAAGAGUGUUUUUGCAGGUGCAGCAACUUCUUUCAAAUGUCUUUUGGUUUGGUUUUUUUUUUUGUUUUUUUGUUUAUUUUCCUUUCCUUAUUUCAGAAAAUUAUAUCUAGUAAUAUAAAGAACCACGUAAGCACCCCUUUGUUCUCUGAAUUGGAAGUGCUGCAGUUUCUGAUGAAUUAUGCAGUUUCAAUUAGUGCUGUUAUUUAACACAGCUUUUGAUGGGCAGGUGAUGUAAAUUUAAAGCAUGUGACACUAGUGUGUGAAACUUGAUUAUUGAGUUAGAUGCAUAUAUUUGAAAGAUGCUUCUGCACCUUAAAAACUGCUAGUCUGAGGUGGACAGCAACACACAUAAAAAGGAACUGUUGAUGUGUGAUUCAGUAGAGAAUGUAUGGCAAUUUAAAUAAGUUUAGUUUCUCUCAUAGUCCGUGAGCCUGUUUAUCAUUUGCUAUAAAAACUCCUAUUUUUACCUUGCUGGGGUUAUUGGAUAAAAAAAAAAUAUUUUUAUAAAUUCACUAGAAAUUGGGAUGACAACUGUAUUAAGCAGGAGGAAAAAAAAAUAAUUUCCAGAGGGGAAAAAUAAAUGUUUAGUAUUCCUAUUUGGAAGGUCUGAAAAUUGACCCAAUUUAAUAAACAAGCCUACAGUAGCAUUCUAUGAUUCUCAGCUAUCCCACAGUGAUAUACUAUAUUUGAUAAUAGCAUAAGAAGGGCCCACUGUUUGAUGGGAUUUUGAUAUUGUCAAACAUUGAUUUAUAUUAUGUGUAAACUAAUAUUCAAAUUGCAUAACUCUGUAUCUAGACUUGUAUCUGAAAAUAUUUGCUAAAUGAAUAUUCAGGUAAGUAAGUUGAAAUACCCACAACUUUUCCAAUUAUUAGAGAAAUUUAACAGUUUAUAGUUUGUACAACUGAAUCUAAAAAAAUGAAAAGUUGCCUACUAUACAGUCAUGAAUUCUGCUAUUUUAUUGCAUUUGAAAUAUUUUCCCCUAAUACAAAAAGAAAAAUAUAACCUGGAUUUAUAUUAAAUUUCUCCAGAUCUGAAGUUUACUACCAGAAUAUACAGCAGGCUUUGUUAGAGUAGGAAAUCCUUGUGUGUCAUUUAAAAAAUGAAGAGCUGGUGAUAAAAAACAGCUGGGUUUUGGUUUGGUUUUGUUUUGUUUUGGGAUUUUUUUUUUGUUGUGGUAACAGUUCAUUUCUUUCAUUUUCCCAAAGUUUGAAGUCUGUGAUUGUCUAUCCAUGAACACUUGCUUUUGGAACUUUGUAUUUCCCGUUGUUGAGUACAAAUAAGAGACUCAAGAGCCUCAUGCUAUGAUCAACACCCUCUUUUGUCCCUGUCCAUUUGUCACAGUGUUGGUUUAGAUCAAAGCCAGAGUUUCCUUCUGAUUUUGACCAAAUCUGGGUGUGUUUCUAACAUGACAGGGAGAAAGGUGGUCACCUUUAGAAUCUUAAGGCACUGUAUUUGAACAAAGCCCUUUGGCAGAUGCAGAUAUUUACUGAAUACCUAAUUUCUGCUUCUCAGAACCCUCAGGCACUUGCUGAGGUGCCCUUGGUUCCAGGAGGAUGAAGGAUUGUGCUGCUGGACAUGCUGAGGUGGCUGGAGGCUGCUCAUGGCAGAUUGUCUUCCAAGGCAAGGCUGAGUUGGUAGGAAGAAAAGCUUCAGGAGGAAAUUUCAGUGGCAUUGCCACACACACAUGGAGGAUAACAGGAGUUCCCAGUGACUGGGAGUUUCUGGUUUCUUUUUUAUAGUUUUCACUCAACACAAGAGGUGUUUCUGCUCUGGCUCUCACUGACUCCUGGCUGAGGAUCUUCCUUAGUUCAAGGGCUGUCAUGAUCUCUCCACUGGAUUGGUGAUGUCUAUGAGUUUGUUUUCUUCUCAUUUCUCUGCUUUGCCACUCAUGUGCCAUGUUUGAUAAACAGCACAGGAAAUGAAUAAUGGAAGAUGAAUUAGGAAGGCUUUGACAUAGCAUGGCUAUCUCAAAGGCUGCUGUCAAAUCCAGUUUGACACCAAAACACUUUAAAAGACAAACCAUGUACAGAUCCUGCUCCUUUGGAAGCAUUCAGCCCCUACAAAAGAUAGCUCAGAUUACUGGAACUCAGAUUCUGUAUUUUUGUUUUUAGUUGUUUUUAACUCCAAGAGUGCUCCAUUACCCCCACCAUCUCCAUUCAAUAGCAGAUUAUAUUUGUUGGUUUGUUUGGGGUUUUUAUUGGAAACAACCAGGCCUCAGGGUUUGCAAACUUCUGAAAGUUUAUUUUUCAGAAAGAAGCCAUUUUCUAGUUAUUUUUUUUUAAUUUUAUUUUAAAUCAUUACUCCCCUCACCUUAUAUGCAGCAGAAGUUCUUUUCUUCCAAAACAUGACCUUGUCUUCAGCAACUUUAUCAACUCCUGGAGACUGAAGUUGACAGAGUUUACUGUGAAAGGGGAAUAUGGAAUAGUUUCACUGUCAGAUUAGAAACAUUAAAAAAAUAUAGGGGCUUGAAUUCCUAAAACUGAAAAGACUUCACCAGUGUAAAACUAUUGCUUAACAUGUGAAACUCAAAUAUUUUCUUUCAGUUCAGUGAGAAUUCUGUAGUGGGUGUGAACUCCAGGGAAGUGCUUGUUCUUUUCAUAAUUUAAAAGAAGAAAAAACAAGUAGAGUACUUUGGGUUUUUUAUCUUUUUUUUUUUUUUUUUUUUUUUUUUUUUUUUGCUGUGUAGGAAGGAUUGCUGGUUUCAGCAAAGCAUCACCAUUCAGGAAAGGUACAUGUUUACAUUAGUUAAAAAGUCUUUACAGGGGACCUGACUUUGAGUCUUUGUAUAAUUCCCCCUGCCCACAGUUAAUGCCAUUUUCAUAUGCAAUGGAACUAAUUUGGUUUUUGAAUCAAUGUGAUUCUUCUGCAAACACAAUUAUUGAAACUUUUAAUUUUUAUAUUUUUUCACUCUAACCCAAAACAGGGUUCUCAGUCCAAUUUUUUUCAAUAUUCCUGGAACAGGCAAGGCAAUUUUCUGUUGUUUUUUAUUAACUUUGGAUGCAUUGCAGUUCAGCAAAUCGAUUCCAAAACGAUCAGGAGAAGUUUCUGAAUGACUGUUACAAAGAAAUAAUCACGUCAGAAAAUGCUCAGAAUCAGCUCUGGCUCUGCAGAAAGUUUUCUCCAUCUGGAUUUUGUGUCUCAGUGGAGUCCUGCUGACCUCAGGGAAGCUCCACAUGGAUCCAUGUCAGGCUCAUUUGCCUUCUCCUGGUACCUGCUCUGUGUCAGGAAUAUUUGGAGAGCUCUCCUUGCCUGCACACCUGGGUCUUUUCCAUGGAAACUUGGGUACGGAUGAAGGGCUUGGCAGGGCAGGAUUUCAUGGUGACCUGGGGUGCAACAAAUAAAUCUUUUUUUUGAUGUUCAAGAUGCAGCCAGGAGGCAGACUGAGUGAGGAAUCGCAGUUCCUGUGCUUCCAAAGUAGCUUUAGGUCCGUGGAUAUUGGAGUGGAAUAGGAGCACACGUGGCUCAAACCCCAACUCCUGGCCUGAGCUUGGCUCAGUUGGUCAGAUUGGUGCCAGUGACACCAGGGCACAGCUCUGAUCCCCACAUGGGCCAUUCCCUGGGGAGCUGGACUCCUUGUGGGUCCCUUCCACCUCAGAUGUUCUGUGAAAUAAUCCAUGGAUUUGUUUCUGGAAGAAUCACAAGUCCACCUUCCUGACUUCAGGAACUUGGUAGCCCAUGGGACAAAACAAAGCCUUUCCAAGGGAUGAUAGUUGCACUUAAACAAAAAUCCACAACACCCUGGUGUUUUGCAAAAUUGGAACACAUGAUUUAAUUGUAAUUAAAGUUGAUUUAACAUUUUGUUUUCUGAAGCUGAGUUGUCUUGGGAGAAAAAAAAAAUGAAUAAGCAUUUGUCUAUGCAAGACACAAAUGUCAAAAAUGUGUGAAUUACCCAUCUUUAGGUACUGAAUUGAUAUUGUCUUUCUGCCUUCUGUUCCUUUGAUUAGUCUCUUCAACCUUUCAGCCUUACACUUGGCUUAGAGCUGAACAGGCAAAAUGUAGUUUUGAAAUCCUGUUGGAAAUGUAACUAACCUUCAUUCCCUCAUGAAAAUCUCGCAUGUUAAACAAUUGAGUGAAAUGUUUUGGUUUCCUAAUAAAUUCAAGCUCUCACCACCUCCUGAAGACAGCAGAUCCAUGAACAUGCACGUGUGACUGUGGUGUGCAAACCACCCAACCAGCAGCUGGAUGCACUUUGCUCUUCCCUCUGCUGAGGACAAAAGCAGCUUCAUUUUGCCAAAUUCAGCAUGGAUUCCUUCCCCCCUUCCCUGCCCUUGGCAUGCUCAACUCCUUCAGAGACCUUCUGGGCUGUUUAAUUUUCAAGUCCUGCAGGAACCUGAUGGUCCAGUGCAAAGUGCAGUGAAAUUGGCACUGCUGUGUUUUUUGGUGAUUGCCCAAAUCAGGUAAUUUGUUCAUUCCUGUCGCCUGGAAAUAGAAAAUCCGUUCCUUUUCUGUGACUUAGUUCUUUAGGACCUGCUGAGUGAUCGCUGUUGGUUUUGCCAGAGAAAAGCAAGGUGUGAGAAGGCAGGGAAAUGCCUUUCCAGCCUUGUAGACACAUAAAGACUCAUAGUUGGUGUUAAUAAAAUCCAGUGUUUUCAGGUGGUGACAGAAGCUGCCCAUGCCCUGCCCAAGGAUUGCAGCACUGGGUCUGUACAAUUGACAAUCUUUAAAAUGUGAACCCUCUAACUUUUCUCUCUUUGGUUUUAAGGGAUGUUGAAGCAACUGAUCUAUCAAGGGAUGAAAUUAAAAAUGAGAAUAUGCUUCAUGGAUGAUUUAUUUUUACACUGCUGCUCUCUGUGAACAGAAAAAGCACAUUUUGGAAGCAAAGCAUUUACAUUGCUUUAACAGUAUUGUUUGGCUGAAAGACAAAUACGUUUUCAGGAAAUCUUGAGCAUAGUUUCAAACUAUUUAACCAGUUCUUGGCCAGGGAAAGUCCUUGGCCCUUGUAUUUGUUUGGGGUUUCUUAUUUAUGCAAAUGAAGAAAAAUGUUUACUAGUUCUUACCAGUGUGGGGAUUUUUAUUACACUUUUGUAAUGCAGGAGCAGCUUGGAUGAAAGAAGGAAUUGGCAGGUAAAUAGUCCAUCAUGUUUGUGACUUUGGGUGGGGUUUUCUUUUUGUUGUUGUUUCAAAAUUAUCCAUUAAAAUGGCAUGGACGUCAAACUCCAAA